GGCGGUAUAAAUAAAGGGCUUGGGAGGGGGUAGUCUUUUGUCUUUUAGUUUUAAAGCGAACUGAGUCGGUCUUGUUUGAGGCAAUGCCUGAGCCAUCAAAAUCAGCGCCAGCACCUAAGAAAGGGUCAAAGAAGGCUGUGGCAAAAAGUCAACCUAAGGGAGGAAAGAAGCGUAGAAAGACCAGGAAGGAGAGCUAUGCUAUCUACGUGUACAAAGUGCUGAAGCAGGUUCACCCUGAUACCGGGAUCUCUUCUAAGGCGAUGGGAAUCAUGAACUCGUUUGUCAACGAUAUUUUUGAACGCAUCGCCGGAGAGUCUUCUCGUCUGGCUCACUACAACAAGCGCUCCACCAUCACUUCCAGGGAGAUCCAGACAGCCGUGCGUCUUCUGCUCCCGGGAGAGCUGGCUAAGCACGCCGUGUCUGAGGGCACCAAGGCCGUCACCAAGUACACCAGCUCCAAGUAG